CGAAGCUUCGAAGGCUCGUUUUCGAAGACCGUGAUCCUCGGAUCCCCGAAGCUCCGAAGAGCACGAUCUUGCGAAUGCUGUAGACCAAUGUCUAUAUAUAUAUUUUAUACAGAGAAUACUGAGAAAUAUUGCGGACGAACCUUCGUAAGUGAAUGGACGUACCAGGCAUUGUAUAGUUGAAAAAUCUUGUAAUUCCGGUGUUUCGAAGCUUCGGAGAUUCGAAAUCCGAACGUGAGAGCCUUCGGAAAGAAAACAUCAGCCCUAGUUGAAACAGGAGAAGGAUCGUUUCUCACAAAAUAGAAAAGAAAGAUAUAAGUAGAUGUUGAGAAAUCAAAGCGUCCUGCGGGGAAUGUGAACUGAUGUAUGUCUCUUUGCAGAUUUACAAGUCGUAUAUUUCGACACACACACACACACACACACACACACACACACACACAAGAUGUCGGGUAUCGUGGAGUGGUACAGGGAUUUGAUGGACAACAGGCACGAUCCGAGAACAGAAGGAUGGUUUCUGAUGUCCGGUCCUGGCCCGGUCCUAACUAUUGUAGCGACAUACAUAUACUUUUGUGCCUUCGUCGGGCCGAGAUACAUGAAGGACAAGAAGCCAUACGACCUGAAGAACACCAUGAUAGCUUACAAUCUCAUACAGGUCCUGCUGAGCAUUUACCUGGUCCACGAGGGUUUGAUAGCCGGCUGGUUGUACGACUACAAUUUCAUUUGUCAACCGGUCGAUUACUCGUACAACCCCAAUCCGGUCCGAAUGGCCCGCGGCGUUUACACGUACUUCAUAUGCAAGCUGAUCGAGCUGCUCGACACGGUGUUCUUCGUGAUGCGUAAGAAGAACCGGCAGAUCUCGUUCCUGCAUCUCUACCAUCACUCGCUGAUGCCGAUAUGCGGCUGGAUCGGCGCAAAGUUCUUCGCCGGCGGCCACCCGACCUUGCUCGGCGUCAUUAACUCCUUCAUCCACGUGUUCAUGUACGGAUACUACAUGCUGUCCGCGUGCGGGCCGCACAUGCAGAAGUACCUCUGGUGGAAGAAGCACCUCACCACCAUGCAGAUCGUGCAGUUCGCCGUAAUAUUCGUCCACAACAUCCAGAUGCUCUUCACCAGCUGCAACUUCCCGAAGCCGCUGUCGUUCCUCCUGACGCUCAACAGCGGCAUGUUCAUCUACAUGUUCGGAUCGUUCUACGUGAAUAAUUACGUGAAAGCGAAUAAACAGCGCCAGGAACCAAAGAACGGCUAUGCGGCCGCCAACGGCGCGGCCGCCAACGGUGCGGCCACCGCCAAUGGCGUCGCCAUCGCCGCCGAGUUUUACGCUAACAUGAUCGUCACGGACCAAAUUAAGUCCGAUUAAAGGACUCACCGCCGAGGUCCUUCUAUUCGCGGGUGACAGGUGAACGAUCGCGCGAAAAGGGAAAGACGGGUAACUAGAGAAAAAGAGAGGGAAUUUUUUUAGCGGUCUCAUCAAGGGGAUGGGCACACACACACAUACACACGCGCGCGCGCACACACACACACACACACACGCGCGCGCACAUUAGGUUCUACUAGGUAGACGUAAAGAUAGCACCGUAUUUAGCGCGAGAUAACGCGACGUUCUCGCGACCCCGGCGUUUAUUCCGCUGGUAUUUCUGCAACGCGCGAAAGUUACGAAAGUAGGUUAGCGCAUACCGGUAGGAAAAGGUGGAGGAUAGGUUUCGGCGCGUAUUCGCCGCGCCGUCGAUCCGGCACGAUCCCCGGCACUCUUAGCGGAUUACGCUCGCGCGGCUCUUUGGUUAUCGCUCGCGUGAAAUAAUCAGCCGCGCGUAUGGUACCGGCGGAAUGAAUGACGGGAGGCGCGCGAGCCCACUUGACGAGUUCGCGGUGACGCGGAACGAUUGUUAAUAACGUAACGGCGUAACACGACGGUUUCGUGUCGCGUGACACAGCCGACCUAGGUAUCCCGGGUUUCCUUCUGGAGCACUCAAGCGCGAAAGAUUCGUCCCGCACAUCCUCUCUCGUCCUUCGUGCCGUGCCCGUUCGCCGACGAAGUCAGUGUGUCUCUCUCUCUCUCUCGAGUGGUUUGUACGUAACAUCGCGUCGGAGACGCGAAGUUAAUUUUCCUUGCGAAAGCAUCUCACCGUUUCUCACGGGGCACGGCUUUUCCGUCCCGAUUUUAACCGGUCGCGUUUAUCAUUUCCACGUUUUUCCCUCGCUGCCACGCGCAGCCUAUCGGACGGGGGAAGAUCGCACGAGUGCACACGAAUAUGCGUAUUUUUGAGGAGACUCGGCGACCGAUAUUCUCCGGGUACUCGUUUUUCGGCCGAUGAGUGAGAGCGGGUCGAAGCGUUCCUCUUCUUAGUCUCGUCUCGAUACGGGAAGAAACGCGUUAAAGAGUCGUGCGUUUGCCCGCGCUGUUCCAAAAUGCGCAAUCCGAGCGCUCGUGAGCGUUAAAGCGGGUGCUUCGUAGCUGAAUGCACGUUUAUACACCUUACAUUUACACAGCACUGGGUUUCUAACGAAGUAAAAAAAAGAUAUAUGCAACAAUACGUUUAUAUGCACACGGAUACGCUCGUGGGCAACCCGAGUUGUAAACAGUUGUUUCGGAAAAUGUCAGCUUUCCGGCCGGAAAACGAGGUCAUACUCAUUCUCAGCUGAAUGCGCGCUUUUACUACCAAUAUAACGUUCAAAAUCGGGACGUAAGAUGUCUUCAAGACAUUUCAAGAUGUCUCCGAGAUGUUUCAAGGACGCGCCUUAUCUUCCGAUUUUGGAUAUCGCGCUGUCCGGUUACUCAAAUUAGCCGUUUCCGUUAACCAGAAACACUUUUGUAAGGAUUCCGUAUGCGCAUCCCGCGUCACGUACGUCUUACUUUCCUCCUAGACCGAAAGUCACACGAUUUUCAACCUUGUGCGCAUAUACACUGAGAGAAAAAGGCGGUCGGAUCGACGAAAUCGAUGGUCUCCUCCGCUCGACAAAAUAUUCCGCCCAUCAAUCAAUUGAUAACUUAUUACGACUGUACAACUCAAGUCUCAACGCACAGUGAGAAAUACCUUGUACUCGCGUUAAAUUCUUAACGUAUCCUUGUGUCAAUUUAACACAUCGUUUACGUUAUUUCAAUAUAUUUCAAUAUAUUAGUGUUGAGUCGACAGACAUGUGCAAAUGUUGAAACAACACACUUUACACCUUCGGUGUUGAUUAACGUAUCGUGGGUAUCAAUUUGACGUUAAUUUUUGACAUAAUAUCAGUAUUACACAUCAACAUAUUUAUCUCGCGUUAAGUCAACGGAAAAAUUCGAAACCGUCUGGGACACGUGAUAUGUGUUAGAUUUAACGCAACAUUUUUUAACCGUGCGAACAAAACGUCGUGCUUAAAAAUAGUUCCGCUCGUUCAAGCAGAAUUUCGUCGAUUGUGUCGUUUUUUCCUCGAUGCGCGCGCAAGGUCGAAAAAUUGCAAAACGAGUAAUUCAAAUUACGGUAGAAUUGGUAGAAUUAUAACGGCCCGAGUUCGUCGAUGACGGCUGGUCGAACUUACGUGUGAGCUUGAAAAUCACCUUCGGCCUGGGGAACGACAAGGCGCAUAUAACGUGGUGUGUGUCGAGCGUCUCGCGCGUCCAAAUUCCGCGAGAAUCUCUCUACAAGCGGCGGGAUAAGUCGCGCCUCUCAUUCUCCCGCGCGAAUGUGCAUUUUUUCAUCGGAAUCCAAGUGUAAGCGAAAGGCGGAUAGACCGACCUAUCUAUCGUAAGCUCGCGCGUGAAAGGUGACCGCACGAAGUCACCGUCCCCGGCUGACACCGACAGCCUAAAGAGCUCUUUAAAAUUAUAUACGCGGUGAUGCGAAAAUUGCGGCGCAAAUUUCACGCUAGUUUGAAGCGGCGAAUUCGCGCGCCGCGGUAUUGCGCGCGAUCGAGUGCGCCGCCUCCGCGCGAAACGACGACGCUCGGUACGUAAGUUCUUAUCGAGCAACGAUAAGUCAGACUUGCGGUUCGAGCGUUCGCCGCAUCCUGCGACUUGCGGUUCUUAUCGGUGUUCGAUGAAAACUACUCUCGGCUGCCUACAGAGAGCACGCGGUUUACGAUCGGCGCAAUCUUGUCGGAUCGCCGUUGUUUCGGGACUUCACCAAAUAUAUAAGCAGAAGUUGAGAAUCCAAUCACCGUGAGCGAAGACACAGGCCUGUCGCAGGUGGAUUACUUGAAGCCCUGUCUACAAUAGGUGUAGCGUAAAAAGAAUUUCAGCCGUGGGAGAAAUUGACUGAUCACAGAAUCGGAUAUGAGAGAUAAUCGUGUUUGGUCGAUUUCUUACGACUUAACGCUUGUCACACCUAUUGUUGGCCCGGUUUAUUUUCUCAAGGGAAAUAAGAGGAAAGAAUUGCAGCGCAGAAAUCGCCUUUCGACUAUGCGUCGGGAUAGAUAGUUCAUAGAACCGCGGCCGUUAGAAAAACCGUACUAAAAUGAUAGGAUAAUACCGGUGUUUGCGUGAAACACACAAAGGUUGUUCUACAUUAGUUGCAAGUCUAUCGCAAGCAGACACAACGCUUGCCGCGACAGUCAAUCAGAAAUGUCGGUGGUACUGGCGUUGAUACUUUCGAUCGGCUGUCGCGCGACAAAUGGUUGUUUGCAAUCGGCUCGCAACUAAUCGCAAAACGAGCUUCAUCAAUCGAUGCAACAUCGAUGAAAUGUGCUCCUUUCGGUUAGAAACGGCCGGGAGUGAAAAGGACAUGACUCAAACCGUUGACAGUAUACAUCUUUCGUACAUAAGCAAGAAUGCAGAGUCUUGUGUGAAAAUGCGACUUGUACGUUACACGACGAAAUCCUGUAUAGUUCCACUGAAAUAUCGUAUCGUUGUUAUUCGGAAAUCAUUCUUAUGAGUUGAAGGAAAAAAAUAUUAGAUACGGAAAGAACGAUAUCUUCAAGAAUCGUCGGUCAAUUUGAAGAUAUUCCGAUGUUUCCGUCUUCCUGUCCGAUAUUUUAUCCAGUCAGUGAAAAUUAUUCGCGAAUAACGUGAAAAUAUAUUUCUAAUAGAAUUAUACUGGGAUUUCUUUCAUGUAAGGGCAAGGGUUUUACUUUCAUACGAGAACAUAUAUUCUUACUCACAUAUGAGAAUAUGAAUUUGGAAUCGACACUAAUUGUUUUUUCUGUGCGCUAACAGAUAUGCGGGGAGAACAAAAUCAGUGUCGCACGACGCACGAUUCGUAUUCAAAGAAGAAAAAGGAAAUAAAGUACGGCGACCCUAACAUGUUUCGUCGCAGCCCGAAUCACAAUAAUGCGCGAAAUUAAAUAGCAUGACAAAAAAUUAUGAUGUGGCAAUGACACGUGGUGUAAAACGUUGAAUGUUUCUCGUAAUUUCCGUGGAUGGAUCAAGAAUGAAAGCAUCGAUACAGAAAUGCGCUCUUUCGAAUCGUUUCUCGUCUGUAUUGUCAAUCGCAAAAUGCUCCCGUGCACAUUUGUAAAAAGUCAUUGCGAUAAGUUGAACUGCAUAUCUUACGGUAAAACAGCGUAAUCGGACAAUCGGCGUACGUUAUGACACGUCUUGCAAGGAUCGGCAUACCGGAUGCGUGUGUUUUUGAUUCCUUUCGUACAUCCUACUUUCGCCAAAAAAAUUUUGUAAUAAAAAAUCCGAAAAAAGAACGGACGUGUACG